UAACGCCGUAUCCCUCAACACACCCAUGGCCAAAUCCAAGAACCAUACCGCCCACAACCAGACCAGAAAGGCCCACAGAAAUGGCAUCAAGAAACCCAAAUCCAAUCGCACAGUUUCAUUGAAGGGUGUUGAUUCCAAGUUCCGUCGUAAUGCUCGGUUCGCUUUGGUCGGAUCCCGCCGCGCACGCCAAGAACAAAAAGCUUCUGCAUCGUAACAUCAACUAGGCCUUACUGUAUCAGUAGAGAGUCCCGG